AUGGCGUCCCACACUCAGUUGCAGCCCGCGUCCUCUCAGACGACGCGCGAUGGACCCGGCAACAGCUCCAGACACCACCAGCGCCAGCAUCCGCACCAGCAUCAGCGUCCGUCCAUCAACGGGGACUCAACGUCAGCGUCAACGUCAACGUCAACACCGGAGAAGGGUCGUCGUUACCUCUCCCCGUUCAAGACACGCUACCUGGAAAAGUACUAUGCGCGUCAAAACGUGACGAGCCGCAGACCGCUCGCCAUGGCCCAGCUCAACAUGGAGCUCGACCCACUAUGGCAGGAUCUCGAUUGGGCCAUUGGCCAGAUGCUCGUCAUGGGUUGGGAUGGCACAGAAGUGACGCCUCAGAUACGCUCGUUGAUUGAGGACCACCACCUCGGAACCAUCAUUUUGACGGCCAAGAACCUCAAGACGGCCCAAGAGACGGCCAAGUUGGUCAAGGAACUCCAGACAAUCGCUCACAAGGCCGGCCAUCCUAAGCCCCUGCUUAUUGCUCUGGACCAGGAGAACGGCGGCGUGAAUAGUCUCUUCGAUGAGGACUACGUGUGCCAGUUCCCGAGCGCCAUGGGCGUGGCCGCCACGGGACGGGUCGAGCUAGCGUACGAAGUGUCAAAGGCUACUGCGACUGAAGUCGGAGCAUGUGGCAUCAACCUUAUGCUCGGCCCUGUUCUAGACGUUCUCUCCAACGCGAGGUACCAGCCAGUCGGAGUCCGCGCCACCGGGGACGACCCCCAGGAGGUCUCUCAGUACGGUAUCGCAGCCAUCAACGGUAUUCGUGAUGCAGGCCUCGCGUGCUGCGGGAAGCACUUUCCCUCGUACGGGAACCUGGACUUUCUGGGCUCCAGCCUGGAAGUCCCCAUCAUCACUCAGACCCUGGAAGAAUUGAGUCUGAGUGCUCUGGUGCCCUUCCGCAACGCCAUCGCCACAGGGAAGCUUGAUGCCAUGUUCGUUGGAGGCUGUGGUAUUUCGAACCCUUCUAUGAACGUAUCUCAUGCUUGCCUGUCCAACCAAGUUGUGGAUGACCUCCUGAGGGAAGAACUCGGCUUUGAUGGAGUUGCCAUCUCCGAGUGCCUCGAGAUGGAGUCACUCACCCAUGAGCUGGGUGUGCAGAACGGGGUUGUGAUGGCCGUAGAAGCCGGGUGCGAUCUCGUGCUCCUUUGCCGAGCCUACGAUGUCCAGCUCGAGGCCAUCAAGGGGCUCAAGCUCGGUGUUGAGAACGGCAUCUUCUCCAAAGACAGAAUCCUCACCUCCCUCAAGCGGGUGCUUCGUCUGAAGGACACAUGCACAUCCUGGCAGACCGCCCUCAACCCUCCUGGCAUAUCGCUUCUGUCUAAGCUGCACCCCUCGCACAUGGCUUUAUCAAGGAAAGCAUAUGACGACUCUAUCACGGUUAUCCGUGACAAGGAGAAGCUUUUGCCUUUACCGCAAUCUAUGCAUCAAGAGGAGGAGCUGCUGCUCCUGACACCGCUUGUGAAGCCAUUACCAGCCUCAAGCUUGACGAAGAGUAUCCUACAGGCCAAAGAUGCGCAGAUGCUUGCGCCUACAGCCCAUGACAAAUGGCUCCACAGGGAAAAGGGGGCCAUCAUGAGUGGAGAGGGCGUCUUCCGGGAGUUUGGACGUUCUCUAGCUCGAGCACGCCACGGCAAGCUCCUCCACACCAGCUACACUGCAAACGGAGUUCGACCAGUGCAUGAAAACCUCAUCAACCGGGCAUCCUGCAUCAUCAUCGUGACUGCGGACGCCAACAGGAACCUAUAUCAGGCCGGGUUCACCAAGCACGUCGAGAUGAUGUGCUCCAUGCUUCGCACGCGCGGUCAAAAGAAAUCAGUCAUCGUCGUUGCCGUAAGCUCUCCCUACGACUUCGCCAUGGACAAAUCCAUCGGCACCUACAUCUGCACGUUUGACUUUACCGAAAACGCUAUGAGCGCACUGGUCCGCGCUCUGUGUGGGAUGUUCGUACCCAAGGGGACUCUUCCCGGGACGCUACGGAAGAGCAAGAAGGUUCUCAAGUCGCGCCAGCACUGGAUCGUCGAGGAAUUCGACCGCGAGCGUGACAGUCAGGGGCUGGAGGAGCUUACCAAGGCAGUUUCUCGGGCGAACACGGUCGACCUCGGCCAUUUGGAGAAUAUAUCGGCGGCCUGCUUCGAGCUGUUCAACCCUGACAUCGAGGAAGCGCACUUCGUGGUGAGAAACAGCAGCACGCACGCCCUGUACGGGUUUGCGGCGACGUACGUGGUAGACGGCAUCGGUAUCCUCGGCGCCAUCUUUGUGGAUCCGUCGAAACGGAACGUCUCGGUCGGCCGCUCCCUUCACCGGAGAGCCCUGAGACACCUCACCGGUAAGCGGGGCGUCAAGAAACUGCAGCUGGGGACGUCCUACCCAGGCGUUUUCCUUGGCAUCCCGAUCGACGAGGGAGGGGUCAAGAACUGGUUCGCCAACAACGGAUGGGACGUUCAGUUCCCGAAGCGGCUCACCAAUCUGAUCAUCAACGAUCUCAGUAGCUGGAGCAUCCCCGAAGGUCUGCUGCAGAGCAUCCAACGAGCCAACCUCAGCUUCGAUCUCAUUCACGGCCUGGACAACGCCGAGACGGUGCUGGGCCACGUCGGCGCCCACGCGAACCCAGAGGUCUUUGAGCUGUACAAGUCUGCCCUGCAGGAGACCAAGGCGUGCGGUAUCGUGCGAGCCAAGGGCCCGGGAGACGCGUUGCUGGGCACGAUCAUCAUCUGCAGACCGGGGAGCCCGCUGUCGACGUUCAUACCACAUCUCCUGCCCAACGGGGACGAGGAAGUGGGCGGUGUACUCGCGCCCGUGGUGCACUCUGGGCCGCAGGACACGCUGGUGCUUCAGGGAUUGACGUUGAUGGGUGUUCGGCAAAACAAGGCGCACAAAUCUGCCAGGACGGUGCUCAGCUGGGUGCAAGAUGACGCUUAUGAACAUGUCAUGGCGAUGGGAUUCGAGAUUCUGCAGUCGUACGAGGAGGUUACGAACGCACCGGACAACACCACCCUUGAAGUCGUAUCGCAGAGUCGCACUCAGGCCCUUGAGAGGCUUCCAACUGCGCGGUUCCAGUGGAACUUGGGAUCUGGUCCCUGCAACGCGAUCCAUCUCGCUGGUAUCUACCAUCGCUUCGGGACAGAAUGA